UGGCGGGCCUGCGAUGGUGGGGAGGGCAGGCAACCCGAUCAAAAACAAAAGGCCCGCCUCCGCGCCCUGCCGACGGGUUGCGGAUCACCUUCCACACUUCAUCCCCGUACACUCGCCCCUUUGUGAUUGACUUGGCGAUCGCGUGCAAUGGCAUCGCCUCCAUCAUCCCCCCCGCAGGUGGCCCAGGGCUCGGCCUCCUCGGCGACAACCCCCUCCAAUCGGAACCUCCUGUCCAACUUCGAGCUGCCGACCAUCAUCUGCAAUGGCGCGGUCAUCCUCGGCAACGUCACCUACGGCCCGGGGAAUGUCUUCCACCCGCAGUGCGUGAUCGAUGGCCGCCUGGCGCCGAUUACCAUUGGCAAGGGGAAUGUAUUCGAGGAGAUGUGCCACAUUGUCAGCCGAGAGGCCACACCCUUGGCUAUCGGGUCCGGGAACUACUUCUCCGUCCACUCCAAGGUCGAUGGUGUGAAGUCCAUCGGCAACUGGAACAUCGUGUCGAUCAAGGGCCGUUUGGUGAAUGUCGAGCGCCUGCCGAGCGACUGCUUUGUCGGCAUCGAUGUCGAUCUUGCUCGGCUUCCUCCCUGCCAGGUCGCCCCAUCAACCAGCUUCUUUUCUAUCUCCCCGCCGGACUCCGGAACAAGCGACACGGAUGACCGGACGCAGGUCCGCACCGUCAAGCUUCACCCUGACAUCACCACGGUGAACCGUCGGGAAAAUGCCGCCCGUGUGACUUACCUCCAGACGGUUCUUCCACGGAGCCACCGGCUGAAUCACCCGGUGGCACAGAGCCCGCCCGUAAAGGCGCCAGAGCCGGCUGCCGGGGGACCGCCUGGAUCCUCGUCUCCGCGGUCGCCCCCGGCGCAACAGUGAAACCAGGGCCAGGAGGAUGACAAUAUGUGUCGGGACUUUUGCGAGUCCUGCAACGGGGAGAGGCGGUGUCCGCAUCUCCUCCCCUGCUGUCCCUCGCUGUGAUCAAGGAAUAUACACACAUUUUCACAAAUA